CACACAGCGCCUUGUUCUACAUGAGAGCAGCUCUAAGAGAAUACCUGCAGACUAACACACCUGAACGCUUCCAUGGAGAGCGCUCAGACCCAGGAGGCAGAGGACGGCUCCUACCUGGGUUUGCAGAGGACGCCCUCCCUCAGGAGAAAAUGGCGGAAGCGUUACGGCGGUCUGGACGGAAACAAGCUGCUGGAGCCCAAUAAAGAGGCCGACAUUAAAGAUGAUGGAGGGACGACAGACGAGAGUCAGCAGAGGAGCUCAGAGAAGACGGAUGCAACACCCCGUCCAGCUCCCAGGAGCCAGAUCCAGACCGCUCUCCAAAGUCUGGUCCAGAAGCCGGUCAGCCUCGUCAGUCCAGGACCUGCAGUGGCCACGGUGUCAGCCAGUAACGGCGGUCUGAAGCCUCCUCUCCCUCAGGCGGUGGUCCAGCCCGAGGACCGAGGCUUCCCCCCUACCCAUCCCUGGUUCCCUCCCCAGCAGAGUCCGUCCAAACGCAGGGCGGCUGCUGAUGUUCUGUUUGACAGCUUCUCCUCAGACGGAAGAAUCAACGUGAACCACUUCUUUGAGGCCAUCUGGAGCUCUGGUCUGCACAGGUCUGACCCUCGGCUCAGAGAGUGCUUCUUCCAUCUGAGGAAACUUCAGGACGCCGAGGGAUCGGUGGACAGGAACACCUUCCACAGAUGCGUCACAGGAUUCGUCUCUCUGAUCCUCAAAGCUCUGCAGGGACGAUUCGUCAUCCCAGAUUUUUCCACCUUCACUGAAGAAACUCAGAAACUUUUCUCGAGGUGUCGACAGCUCUCAUCUGUACAGGAGAAAGAGAAAGAGAGCAUGGACAGCACGAAGUGGGGCGUCUCAGUCUGCACCGUGGAUGGACAGAGGCUGUCUCUGGGAGACUGGGCCGGCUCUCUGGUCCUGGGCGAGGUGUCAUGGCCGCUGGUGUACGGUGUGGCGGUGGAUCUGCUCGGCUCUGAACUCGUCCAUCGAUACGUCGGCAUGGAGGGUUACUCCAGAUACGAGUCCCCCUUCACUCUCACCAAAACAGGAAUCCCACACAGCCCGCUGACUGAGACCGGAGCCAUCAUCACCACAUCAUUACUACAGCUUGCAGGGAGGCUUUCAGCAGCAGAAGAAGAGAAAUACGACUCAGUGUUGAAUGUCAUUCGACGACUCUGCAACAAAGAGCACGCCAACUUGAACUGCAGCAGUUAUCAGAGCAGCAGGAAGGACAGCAUCAGACUCCACGCUCUGUCCUUUUACCUGCAGGAGAAAAAGUGUUUUCCAGAGAAAGUCGACAUCAGCGCUGCUCUGGAUCUCAUGUUGCAGUGCACCUCCACUGAGAUCACGUGUGAAUCUGGAGCAGCCAUGGCCGCCUCAUUGGCCAAUGGGGGCCUCUGCCCUCUGUCAGGUGACCAGGUGCUGUCGCCGGCUGCAACACGGAGCACGCUGUCCAUGAUGCAGGUGGCAGGGAUGAAGGAUUACUCUGCCAGCUUCCUCUAUAAGACGUCGAUACCGGCCGUGUGCAGCAGUCACGGCGUCCUCCUUGCCGUGGUUCCUGGUGUUUUGGGUCUGAUGGCGUUCUCUCCAGAGUUAGACGCCUGUGGAAACCCAUGGAGAGCCAUCCACUUCUGCCAGGAGCUGAUCUCCACGUUUCAGCUGCACAGUUUUGACAUCAGGACUCCGUUCAGACAGAUUCUGGCGUACCGACAGUGGAAGGCGGAGUCUGAGGGGUAUCAGAUCAUGAACGUCCUGCUGGCAGCGUUCAGAGGAGACGUCCAGGCUCUGAGGAGGUACUUCCUGUCUGGAGUGGACGUGAACGCCGUGGACUACGACGGCAGGUCUGCUCUGCAUGUGGCGGCUGCUGAAGGUCACACAGAGGUCAUACGCUUCCUGCUGGAGAACGCCGGAGCAAACCCCGCCCUCAAGGACAGGUGGGGGAGCUCUCCACUGCAGGAAGCCAGGAGGCACAAUAAAGAGGCUGCAGUCCAACUUCUGCAGGGAGCCAUCUGAACCAUAACACCCGCAGUCUGAGCUUGGUGGAGUUUUCUGGAAAAACUCUGAUGAAUUAAACAUCUUUGAAAGUCUGAGACAUGGACGAAGAGCUCGGGGCAGACCUGUAACUCUAAUGAAGCUGCUCGUCUCAGCUUCAUGUCCAUGUUUUCAGGCCUUCCCUCUCUCUGUCAGUGCAGUAAAGAGUUAAACUUCA